AUGGCCUUCUUUCAGCAGGCCAAAAACGACUUGGAGGAGUCUAAACACGACUCAGAAAUGUACGAGGAAUCUAUUAUACACCAGGUGACUUACCGAAAUUUCAACGCCAGGGUGAUAGAGGCAUCGUCCGUAUCUACGCCGCAAAAUCUCGCGUUUCAAUUGAAUGGCGUCAUCCUCAAGCACUCCCCAUCUAAGAUAUCCCUUUUACCCAACACUAUAAAUGUGCCCGCUGUCGCAAUGCAACCCCAGCUUCCUUGUAAAAGCCCACCGGACAACGAGUCCAAUAUAACCAGGGCUUCCAACGGGCCGUACACGCUUGAGUUGGCUGGUCUCGCCACCGCGCAUGUGACCAAACACGCUGCAGAUGUGACACUUCGGGACGUCUUUCUCGAACGCAUGAAGGCUACCGAGCUCAAGAAGGCCGAGGAAACUAGACGGUGGGUUAUCCUUCGCUUGGCGGGUAUGGGCGACCUCGAGUACCGCCGCUUCCUUGCGAAAUUUUCGAAGGUCCAUCUUGAACGGCACGCUGUACGUCAAACUUGUUACCUAUUACAAAUGCUGAGUACAAUCAAAUCCCGCUAUGAAGAAAGUCGCGCAAGCACUCACCCUCAGUACUCACCUCUCCACGUUCCACUUCGAAAAGAGGCAGUGCAGAUUCAAUCGGCGCCUAGUGGAGCAAAUCUAUCGCGUUUAGAAGAUGCCGUGGCCAAUAUUGGUAAAGGCGGUGAAGGUGGUGAAAGUGGUGAAGAUGCUAAAAAGGAAUACCAAAACAAUCCUGGCAGGUUAAUUCUUAGCACUGUGGGAAUUUUCAGGCAGGUCAGAGACCUGCAUUUUAGUAUAGGUCGGGCGACGGUCCUGCUGCACAUCAUGCAUAGUCCUACAGGUGAAGCAAACUUUGUCAAAGAAAAGAUCUUCUAUGCCGACGACAUGAAGAAUUUGAUCGUGAUCUACGGAGAUGGCGAUAAAGAUAUUAGUGGUAUGAUCACUCUGAUGAGUUACGACCCUCCGUGCUACUUCUCAUUGGUUAAGAAGCUCACAUGCCAUAUUACAGGUACAUAUACACCUUCCCGGACAUUUCGCUCGCAUCUAACACUGCAAGAGCUUGACAGUGCUGGACCUGCCACGAAAGCGAAGGCAAUAUGCACACCGCAGCCCGUAGUCACCGUAUCGCAAUUUGCGGCACACCGCCGUGUUGCGCACAACUUUCACCUUUCACUUUUCACCUUUCACUUUUCCUUUUCACUGCGCCUCCUCCGACCUCAAAUCAACGCGGCCCUUCUUCAUCAUCAAACAGCAACUAUUUCUCUUGAUUCAAGAAGACUCUCGACUUACUCACUCGAGCGCAGCACAUCGAGAAACGCAACAAUGGCCGGCAAGUGGGCAAAACCUCACGAUUGGUACGACACGAACAAUAGACCGACCAGAGCAGAAGAUUAUGCUGUAGGCCUUGGGCUAACUAUGGAGACGUACAACGACCUAAAAGAGGACAUUGAACGCGUCGCGCUUAAAGUGAAACCAGAGGGCACAAAUUUCAAGGGGAACAAAACUCACGCCAAAAAGGCAGUCGUGGCGGAAUUCUGCAGAAAUAUGCCACAACUUGACACCGCACGCUCCAGCGCCCCAGAGGUUUGGUUUGAGUACGUUGUUCAAAGGCUGAUUGGAGUUGCCCACUCGAAUGCGUCUAGGAGGAAAAAGCUGGGGAUUUCGACCGUUCCUGCACCGACCGAGGCCAAACGCCGCGCUCAGGCAACGCCCUUCAAACCGCAGAAUAGCUCCGAACUGACGGAAUCGGUAACACAAACGCUUCACAGUCCUCCUCUACGUCUUCCGAGAAAUCAAGAUGCAACCUGCAGCGCACCUGUACACAAGGAAGACUUGUUGAUUGAGGUCAAGAUUGAGACAAUGGAUUUUGUUGAGUUGGUCUCCGUUAAGCAAAUCUUAACUGGGGAGGGACAAAACGCUUCUUUGGAGUUGCUUACAAAGCAAUUGCAGUCAUGUGAAGAGCUGCCGGACCUUAGCAAGGCGACAUACAUUGCUAGCUGGAAUAAUCAGAAUGCCGCUGUUCGAAGCGAUGCCGCAUUCAAUGCAAUCCUUUGCCAGUCUGCAACAAACGGCGAGCGGGCUGUAGAGUUCACGGUGCGACCCUCACGUUCUUCAAACAACUGCUAUCGGAGCGACAUUAACCAGCCCAAUGAGCUCAGUCAGGACGCGCCAGCUUUUGGUACCGGGACUAUUGAAAAUUGUCCUAAGGAGUCUUCCUACUCUCCCAGUUCGCUCCUGCGGCAACGUUUACAUUCUCCCAGGGCAAGCCCCCAACCCAGCAUUGAAACACAAUCACACGACGCCCAAAUAUCACUAGAAACACCCUCAGUGCGCAGAACCACACCCUUCUUGAGUAAGGAUAUCAGUAACGAACGUCCGGAAAGGCCCCGGUUUUCUCGUGCGAAACGGACGAUGAGUCGUACACUAUCGGAUGAGCAAGGUCGUGUCGAACGUAGCCCUACCAAACGCCCUAGGACUAGAUCAGCGUCUACCCAUAAGGGCACAUGGGAUAGCACCUCAGGCCCUAGCCCUUCUAUUCGAGAAGAUAAUGUUUUCCUAGAUAGAAAUGAGGAGUCCAGGUUAGCCUCCACCGCCAGCAGCUACGAAGAGGGUUCAGACAGCGAAGAGGAGUCUAGCUUAGUCUCUAGUGCUAAGAACUACAAUGAAAUGGCUACGGUCGACGACGAAAUGGAUUCCACCUCAGCCGCCAGCUCUGCCACGGACAGCAGCCUAAAAAGCGAUCCUAUGGAGGAUUUAGACGACGUGUUAUCCGGGUCCGAACAUGAUCCUGAGGAUGAUUCCGAUGAGUUCGAUGACGACGUUAGCGAGGCGGAGCGGCAUGAGCGUAACAAGGAAAAAUUUGUUGCGCAGCUUUUUCAAGAAGGGUUGGUUAAUUUGGACGGCGAGCUUGCACGCGUGCAACGAUGCAUGUUAGACCUCAUCCAAGGAUAUUUUCCUCUCAUUGACUACAAAGCCCUCGCAAAGUCGGACGGAAUUGUGAUUCCUAACUGGGGUCUCAAUCCUGACUUUAAAAUUAGUCCGUACCAGCUAGCAUCCGCAACUUGGGCAUUCCACCGGGAGAGGGCUACCCCAUGUCCAGGUGGCAUUUAUGCAGACGAACCUGGCGGAGGAAAGACAAUUCAGUCCCUUACCCAUUUCCUCAUAAACUACUUCCACAAUGAGAAUACUAUUGAGGUAGAGGACGCACGAGCGCGUGGAGACAAGUCCCACCUACCAAAAAGCCAGUCACCUGACGCCAAAUGCCCUAGCGCAGCAAAACAGCCACUCGCAUGCUCCUGCGAGGCAGGCAACAGGGAUAUCUACCGAUUCGGCCCACAGAGAGGUAUUACGAUCACCCUUACUCCCAAUGCUGGUUUGCGCUCGUUCCAGAAUGAUGCAAGGUUAAUGCUAAAAGGCGGCAAAAUAAUGGAGCGUGAGUUCCCGCCCCGGGUCGCAAUCCAUGCCGAUAAGUUCAACAAGGACGACUUCACCGGCGCAUUGACCGACGAAGAAGUGUCGGCUACUUGCAAGGCCGUCGACUGGUCCAUGGAAGAGCAAUGGGAAACGGACAACCGCACAAAGCAGGUUGGAAAGACCAUGCAAACCCAAAGCUGGACCAACCCUACGUUUUCUGGACCUCGUGCCUGCGACCCUGAAGCUACAGCAGAGAAGGCGCCGCGUCGCUCCGCCCGUGUCAAUAUAGUCACAACGCGAGGAUGUUUGGUAGGUCGCGUGGCCAGCAAGUAUAUCACCACGCGAGAGACUCAUUGGAAGUGGCAAACACAGGCAAAAGGCACUACUAGGACGUUCACAAGGAAUCUCAUGCAGGUUGGGUGUAUCUUCUGGGAUGAGUGCCACCAAGACAAUUAUGGCCAGACCAUCCCAGCAUUUAUCAAAGACACCGCAAGGGAAUACCGAGAGGUGUAUAAUCGCAGCCCUGCCCUGUGGGGUAUGUCUGGUACACCCGAUAACGGCAAACCAAUGGAGCCUCUGAAAUUCCUCACGAUGGGUUUGAGAUCCAAAGAAUGGGAUGAUGUUGAUACGAAUAGUGAAUUUGGUGUUCUGCGCAAUCUCACACAGGACAGCGUCAACCAGAUGGCAAAGGACUUCGAUCGUCUCUGUGAAAAGGCAAAGACCAAUCCGGCUCUCGCGACUCAUGACUUUCAAUUCCGGACACUGGUCGUAUUUAUUCGCAAAGUAGUUCCAACAUUUUUUAUUCGAAGAGGGGAAUCAACGCGUUGGUUUGACAGCAAACCAGUUAUCCCAAAGGCGAGCGAACUCUAUCUCGAUAUGGUCCAGUGCCAGGCGAAUACAACGGAGGCGGAAAUCCUUGUUCGGCUAGAGGGGAAGGUAAAGGCAGAGCGCAGGCGCAAAUACCAAGAACUCGUAGCAGUGUGGGAAUCGAACGGGAGUGACGCUAACCAAAAACCUAAGAUGCCUAGUUCGGUGAAGUCGCAAUCUUACCAUACGGCCAGGGUGGCAGCAUCUGUAGCCCAGAUUGUCGAACACUGGGAGGGGCUACAUCCAGAUAAUGGGCCUGACGAUGAAGAAUCAAGGAGUUGCUCAAAGGCAGACGAGCAUGUCGGAAGUUGGGUCAGAGACCCGCUGGGUUCUGCCUUUACUAAGGUCUUGGCCAACUCUGGGUUCCGCCAGAACGCAAAGAUUAAAUGCGCUAAAGGCAUCUGCAAUUCUAUCCGCAAGCUGAAGAGACAAGACGGCACACGAUGCAAGGUCUUAAUCGCAACUCGUAACCCUCUUGUGCUAGCCGCAUGGAAGAAUGAACUGUCUCAGACGUACGGCAAAGAAUCCAUUGUCCUCUACGAAACCGGCAUGAACAACGCGAAGAAGUCCCAGGCCUUAGAAACUUUCGGCAAUGACGAGUCUAAAUGGAUCAUACUUUGCACCUUUAGGUCUGUUGGUGUAGGACUAAACAUACAGCGUGCAAACCAUGCCAUUUUGAUCGAACCUAGUCACAAGUACUCGGACAUGCAGCAGUUGUUUGGGAGGAUCGACAGGCGAGGGCAGAAGGAGCCUAGAUGCUAUGGAUACGUCCUAGUCAACGCUGCGUCCGCUAUUGAGAAGCGCAUGGUGAACUCAACAGAAUUUACCAAAAGGUUGGAACAAUCAGUUUAUCGCGACCCGAAGGACUUAGAUGAUUUGGUGGAGACAGUACAGGCCCAAUCCGAAACCCUCGGGGUUAAUUCGAAUAGGGAUUGCGAGUUACCACCGCUACACCUAAAUAAUACAUGGUUAGCGAUUAUCAUAAGGCAGAUGUUCUACCGACGCAUCGCACAACCGCAUCAACAUCUUCAAGAUGCCUUUCCUAUAACUGUGUUAAAAACUAGCUUUAGUUAUACUACAGCCCAUUAUCCAACCGCCUUCGAAAUCCUCCGGAUCUAUCAGCCCCAAAGCCACUGCUCAUCUAGCGUAAGUUCGGCCAGUGAGCUAGGAAACACAUCUCCAACAUCAAGUCAAGAUAUAGCGGAAAUCCUCCCAAAGAGAGCGAGUCUACCAUCUGGCCCUAUGUGGGAUUCGCAUUCUACCGAGUCGCAAAAGUCCAGGCCCUAUAGAGCCAUAUUCUUCCACGUCUUCUUCCAACUGAAACCACAAGUUGAAACUUGCUUCGUCUCCGUAGCAGUGUAA